AUGGCGCCUCCAGAAGAUAUGCAUCCAUUGCAGAGGUUACGAGGACAGAAGACAGAGGGCAGACGACAGCAGCCAGAAGCCAGAGGUUGGCGCAGUAUUCAUCGUGGCGUUGAGGUUGUCGUGGUGUCGGGCUCGCCCUUGGCCGCUAAACCCAAAAAGGCGAUGAAUGGCCCCACGUUGGGCCCCCCGUUUCCUAUUGUCCGCGCACCCGGGAAGGACCCGGCAGGGGUGACACUGACCUGGUGUCUCCUGAAGUCCAAAUCACUCAUUCUCUCUAUCGUCCUCGAUACUGUGCUGCUGUGCUGCUGUGCUGCUCCUCUGCUGGUCCUUGACAUGGCGGCGCCGGAGCCCAUGUUAGCCCAUGUCUUGCAUCACUCGCACUCCAUGGCCUUGGGCCAAUCCCAUCUCUGCCUGCCUCCCUCUAGGAGACAACUACUCGGCUCGGCUAGGGUGAUCGAGGACAGGAUGCCGGUUUCCCCCGUCCCUCUGGCCAUUGUCUCCUCCCCCAUAUCCCCAGUUCCCACCAUCCAUCCUACUGUAUCUUGUUCUUCUUGGCGUGGCAUUGCCGUCCAAAAUACCUUGUAUCGAUCACCCUCCCCCACUCCCAACAAUGCGCACACCCCCCCUCCCCCCGGGGCUCGAUGGGGCUUCCUCUCACCCCCCCAACACCAUCUUAUUCUUGACUGGCAGCCACAGAGAUACCCCUGUUUCCUCUUGAAGCCCAUCCCGGCCAAGGUUCAGUAUAUGGGAGGGGGCAGUGGACGGGGGCCCCGCGACACGACAUGCCAGUUUAAUGCACCCAAAAUACACUCAGCCCUUUAUCCAUCGCAAACUCGACUGGGCCCAUGGACCUGUUCCCCGCUCGACGGCUCGGACCUACGGCAGCCCCGUCAAAUUAUUGCUUUCUCAGGGACCAAGAAACAAGCGCCGCCCUUCCGCUUCACUCACCCCACUACAUGUUGCGGAUCAACCGACGUCCUCGACUCAGUCAUAUUUGAUUACUGCCUCCCUCCCUUCUCACCUUUUCGUCUCCACUCUCCUACUCCUACGGCUACCCUGUGCUGCCGGCCCGCCGCCGCCUGCUCCCCUUCGAUAGGAUCGACAGGAAAGGAGAAAGCUUUCGGCCAUUUUUGCAUCGCAGCAUCGCAGACCUGCGGCUUGGUUGCAUUCCACAUAGCGGCUCUCGUGUCUCUCCUUCGGCUCUACUACUGCCAUUAUUACCCCAUUCUGACGUUAUCUUCGCCUCACAACCCGGUUGGACUCUCCAUCUGCAUCCUCGUCUCCAUUCAGCAGCAGUAA